AUGCCUAUAUUUGUUUUUUUUCCUCAGAAACCAGAGCGUGAUGAGUGGGGUAACACCCUGGAUGCCAUGCAGGCUGCUUUGCAGCUGGAGAAGACUGUGAACCAUGCUCUUCUGGACCUGCACAAGCUAGCCACUGACAAAGUUGACCCUCAUCUGUGUGACUUCUUGGAAUCUCAAUAUCUGGAGGAACAAGUGAAGGAUAUUAAGCGUUUUGGAGAUUACAUCACCAACCUGAAGCGCCUUGGGGUGCCCCAGAAUGGCAUGGGCGAGUACCUGUUUGACAAGCAUAGCCUGGAAGAGAGCAGCUAAGCUGUGUGCCACCCAUGAGGAU